GAGGGGCACGCUCACCCCCCACUUCCGGGGGGCGUGCAGAGUCUCGUGGCUUUCCCGCUUCCAGGGGAGGUUCAGGCAACCUGCGGAGCGAGGGGCUCUUUGGAUCUCCCUCCUCUCUGCCUCAGCAAGGUAGUCUUUUCAGAUUGUCUUGCCCAGGAUGUUCAGAGAGGCCACAGCCUUGGCCUGUCAUGCUCCAAAAGGACAAAAUGGACUCAGCUUUGUCAAAGUUGAAGAAGAAAAUGUUUGGAGGCAGGACUUCAGCCUGGAGGGAAACCUCCAGAGCCAGGAGGUUUUCCGCCAGCAGUUUAGACAGUUUGGCUACUCUGACUUCACUGGGCCCCGGGAGGCUCUGAACCAAUUGCAGAAGCUUUGUGAGCAGUGGCUGAGGCCGGAGGAGCGCUCCAAGGAGCAGAUCCUGGAGCUGCUGGUGCUGGAGCAGUUUGUGGCCAUCUUGCCUACGGAGCUGCAGGCCUGGGUGCAAGAGCACAGACCUGGGAACGGAGAGGAGGCUGUUACUCUGCUGGAGGAGCUGGAGAGGGAAUUCGACGAACCAAAACAACAGGACACAGCUCAUGGCCAAGAAACGAUCUGUAAAGAAAUGACACUCACGGGAACACGGAAGUCUCUGAGUAGCCCUCUGCAGUCCUUGAAGAACCAUUGCAGGAGUGAACCCCAGGAGCCCCAGGUUUUUCAGGAGAGAGAUGAGGCAGCCCUUCCAUUUCGGGUUGAGGAUGGAGACAGCAAGAUGAUGACUGACAAAGGAUUGACAGCAAAGAAAGAAAUUAUUGGAUGUGUUACAUCAGUGGCCAUGGCAUCUCAAGGAAGACUUCCUGGGGAACCUUCUCCAGUACAGAGAGUUGAAGAAACUAUGGGAUGUUUGAACAAUAGUGAGAAGCAAAGAGGAAGUGAUGACACAAGCAACAAAAUGAGUCCAACUUCUUCCCAGGAAAGCUGCUUCAGUCUGGCAACCUUUAAUGAGAACACCUCUUCAGAGCGGAACACCUUUAACGAGAACACCUCUUCAGAACGGAACACCUUUAACGAGAACUCCUCUUCAGAACGGAACACCUUUAACGAGAACACCUCUUCAGAACGGAACACCUUUAACGAGAACACCUCUUCAGAGCGGAACACCUUUAACGAGAACACCUCUUCAGAACGGAACACCUUUGGGUGUAACGAAGGUGAAAGAGGUCUCAGUCUAAACUUAGAUGACACCACACGGCCCAGAGCUCACACAGGGAAACUGCUCUAUGAGUGCGUGGAUUGUGGAAAAGCAUUUUGCCAUAGGUCAAAGCUGAUUAGACAUCAAAGAAGUCACACUGGAGAGAGACCUUAUGCAUGUAAAGAGUGUGGAAAAGCCUUUGGUUUCAGAACAGAUCUUGUUAGGCAUCAGAGAAUUCACAGUGGUGAAAAGCCUUACAAAUGUUGUGACUGUGGAAAAGCUUUCAGAGGCAGCUCAGGGCUCAUUAGGCAUAGGCGAAUUCAUACUGGAGAGAAACCUUAUGGUUGUGAUGAAUGUGGGAAAGCCUUCAGCCAGAGUUCUACUCUUAUUCAGCAUAAGAAGAUUCACAGUGGAGACAAAAGCUAUGAAUGUACUGAAUGUGGUAAGGCUUUUAGGAGAAGCUCUGUUCUUCUGGAACAUCAAAGAAUCCACACUGGUGAGAAACCUUAUGAAUGUAAUGAAUGUGAAAAAUCCUUUAACCAAAGCUCAGCACUCACCCAGCACCAGAGAACCCACUCUGGGGAAAAGCCUUAUAAAUGUUAUGAAUGUAGGAAAAUAUUUAGGCAUAGAUCAGGUCUUAUGCAGCAUCAGAGAACACACACCAGAGUGGGUAAAAGUUGUGUAAUUGUGAAAUGCUAGGAAUUCACUUUAAAGGUGAGACUCCACAAAAAAUGUUUUCUGACAGUAGGACUUUUGUCUUUUCAGCUCAGUUCAGUAAAAAAGAAAUCCACACAAAAAUGCUUACACAUUGAAAGAAUUAUAUCUAGAUCUUGUCUACAAAGACUGGUAUCUUCUAAAAAAGACUGACCCAUUUCUGAAUGAGGAUUCUCACCAAUAUUUUCUUCAUCCCAUCCCCUGCUACCGAUAGAACUGUCAUUGAGUACCUCCAUUUAAGUCCAUGACUGAGGCACAGAUCCUACAAGGUCUCUUUCUAAAAUGGAAAAGAUCACUGCCCAGCCAAAGUGUGUGUCUGAUUAGAGCAGCAUGUUUUAAGCUACUGAACUCUGGAAUGUUGAAUUGCGCUAUGAAAUGUCAUGCCCUAGAUCAGUUUAGUAUCCGAGGAAUGGAAGCUCAUUCUGCCCCCUUACCAGUUCUUUCAACCAAGCUUCCUGUUACAGUUUAUUCCCUUAUUCGGUACUUCCUGGGAUAACCAUUGGGAGAACAGACUUGGUCAUUGCCCUCUCAAAAUUAAGGGGCAAUGGAAUAUACCCAUUUGUUAAACAAGUUAUUAUGGUAGGAGGGUGGCAGUAACUUAGCCAGAUAAAUUCAGGGUUCUGUUGGAAGACAUUUCAGAGAUGCUUUACCUGAUCUACAAGUUAACUAAAGAUUUCUUGGGUGUGUUAUCUCAUUUGUAACCUAACAUACAGAAGUUGGCCUGACAAAUGGCAGAACAGAGGCAGAGUUUAUACUACAUACAUGGGAUAAUGAGAAGAGAGGAUCUGGAGACAUUCCUGUAUCUUGACUUCAAUUCCUGAUAGAGCUUUCUUUGACCCCAGUUCAGAAGCCAGGUUGGUUUCUUUUCCUGUUUGUAAUAGCCUGAGUUGGAUAACCUAUUUCAGCUCACAAGACCUCUAUGAUCUAAAAGUAUUUACAAUUAGUGUGGGAAAAAAGAAAUCCCUGGUGUUUCUAAUGUAAAGUCAUACAUGCACACCAAGGAAACAGCACGCGUUGGAAGCUGAGGGACUGGAGUCAGGAGUCUCCCUCAGCAUUAGGUUUGCAGAAUGGUUAGCCACUUGAGGGAAGUACAUACUAAGCCAAUCUCUCAGAUUCUACAAAACUCUUGAUUUUAAUUUGGCAAUUUUAAUUAGCCUACAAUUGCUGAGGGUAAUUUCUACUUAGGGAAAUGCACCAUUUUUGAAGACUUGGUAAUGAUAGCUAUUGUGAAUGGGGGGGGGGGGGUAAAAUUGGAUGUGGUUCUCGCUUCCAAAGGUUGCACAACUGUUAUUUACGAUCUAACUUAAAGGGAUAAUUCAAACGGACAGUGAAUUGCCUUUUCAUAUAGAUAACAAAUGAAUGACUCAAUGUUCUAAAUAUCAUGUAACCCUUUCGCUAAUUUUGAGUGUUGAGAAGUAUAAAUAAUCCAUAAUCCUGUUACUCAUAGCAAAAUUAACUUUUGAACCACUUCCUAUUAGUGUUUUUCUGAAAUCCUAAUAUUUUUGGCAAAAAUCUUUAGUAUAAUUUUUUUGCUAAUUUUAAUAUUUAUAUGUUCAGUAUGCACUCCAGUUGCUUAGUAUGAGCAUGUAAUGGAAUGUAUUGUUAUAAAACUGAAAUUUUAAAAUUUCGUUUUUAAAUCAUUCAUGUAAAGGAAUAUACACCAUGGGGGAGUUAGGCUGGAGGGUGGGUAGGAGUGUGGGGAAAAGUAGCACACUUAGUUUCUAGGUUACAUAAACAGCAUCAGGAAGCUGUGACAGCUAGACGUUUAAGGUUGAGUUGCUGGAGCACUGGAAUGAAAGCAAAUGCCUUUAAAAUUCAUGCACAUAACUAAACACACCCAGACAUCUUCAAUACUAAGUUAGAAAGAUCUUUGGAAUGACUUGAAAUUAUGUGCUUGUGAAUGCAAGUGCCUACAGAGGCCAGAAGAGGGCACUGGAUCCCCUGGAGUUACAGAGGGUAAACCGCCCAAUGUGGGUGCUGGGAUGGGGACCUCUGGUCUCCUACAAGAGCAGUACCGCUCUGAGCCAUCUCUGUAGGCCCAUGUUUUGAGUAAUUUUGAGACAGGGCCUCACAUGAAGCCUAGGCUGGCUGGAGAGAUGUGACUUUCUUCAGCAGUUCGCAAACAGGAGUAGGUUUUAGGUCACUGAAAUGACUGAACGCCUCAGUCCUCCCAUUCUAAUGCAGCUGUGAAAUGAGGGAGACAGGUGAGGCUGACUUAAGGUCCCUGUGAGGCACACACUGCUUUGUAACUGCCACUGGAGCACGAGGGAGGAGAGCAGGGCAGAGGCAAGGGCAUUCGUUGUUUUCUUCCAGAAAAAGACAACUUCCUUUCAGCUGUUGUUGGUGUCCACUCCACUGCAUAAAGAUUGAAACUUUGACCAGAUCAUCUUCUGUUCCUUUAACAUGAGGAUAUAGACGUGAGAUAACGUGUUCAUGCCUUCUGAAUUCAUGGAAAAGCACCAAUGAUGAAGUUGUUAAACUUAAGACUAGCCUUUUCCAGCCAUAAAUCUUCAAGCACUUAUGUUAACUUGCACAAGAAUGUGUAAUUUGAGGGUAGCCGUUUAAUAUUAUGAAGUAGAUAUGUUUGCAUUGAUUUCAUCAGCCAUGAAAGGUCAAAGUUAAGACUUGAGACAGGGAUGUCAGAGGGCAAGUGCUUAUUUUGGACUUUUGUUCACUAGCUGCUCUGCCUAGGGCUGGGGAUCUAGGGAUUAAGCCGGCAACCUUAAACAUGGUAAACUUAUGCUUCACAAUUGAACUAUUCUCCUGCCUUCCUCUAUAAACAGUAUUAGAUUUUGCAGUCAAACUUGAAAUAAAGAAAACCACACUAACUGUAA